CCCCGCGCCUCUGGUCCUCCCUCAGCUCAUGGCGGGAGGAGGCACGGCCUCCAGCUCGCUCCUCACGCUCAACCGUACCGGGCCAAGCCCUGGGAGAGAGGGAGAGAGGAAAGCAGGGUAGGAGACUCCCGCACCUCCACCGCGCGCCCUGCGCAGCAGGGGGAGGAACCUUUCCGUCUUCUCUUCCCGCCGGAGCGUGACGCCAUCGGCCACCACCUCGGUGUCCCUGUCACUGGCACAGCCAGGGCCAGAUCUUCAGAGCGGGCAGCUCAGCCGCUCAGGACUGCUGCCAGCCUCAGCUCCCACACGCUGGGUCCCCUCCGGCCACGUCUCCGAGGUCCUGUCCCAGCAGGAUCGUCCAGGGUGCUGCUGCACACGCCAGGCCGAGGGCUGUGGGGCAGAGUCCCCACGCUGGGGCUCUGCAGGGUCUGGGUGGGUUUGCACAGGUCAACUCUUCCAGCAGGCUCAAGAGCCAGCACGUUGGAACACAGAUGGUGGGAAGGGAGCAGCUGCUCAAGGACAGGGCCAAAGUGACCCCAGAGUGCUUCCAUCCUCUGAAUGAAGACAGUGUAGGCUCCAGAUCUCCUGUGGCUUCAGCUGGUGCUCCCAGCCAUGGAGCUCGCUCAGGUUGGCCUGGAGGAUCCGUUCCCAGCCAUGGAGCUCGCUCAGGUUGGCCUGGAGGAUCCGUUCCCAGCCAUGGAGCUCGCUCAGGUUGGCCUGGAGGAUCCGUUCCCAGCCAUGGAGCUCGCUCAGGUUGGCCUGGAGGAUCCGUUCCCAGCCAUGGAGCUCGCUCAGGUUGGCCUGGAGGAUCCGUUCCCAGCCAUGGAGCUCGCUCAGGUUGGCCUGGAGGAUCCGUUCCCAGCCAUGGAGCUCGCUCAGGUUGGCCUGGAGGAUCCGUUCCCAGCCAUGGAGCUCGCUCAGGUUGGCCUGGAGGAUCCGUUCCCAGCCAUGGAGCUCGCUCAGGUUGGCCUGGAGGAUCCGUUCCCAGCCAUGGAGCUCGCUCAGGUUGGCCUGGAGGAUCCGUUCCCAGCCAUGGAGCUCGCUCAGGUUGGCCUGGAGGAUCCGUUCCCAGCCAUGGAGCUCGCUCAGGUUGGCCUGGAGGAUCCGUUCCCAGCCAUGGAGCUCUCUCAGGCUGGCCUGGAGGAUCCGUUCCCAGCAGGUACAGGGACACUUGCUGCCACCUCUUUGCCUCUUCAGGGUGGACACGUCAUGAUGGCCACAUGAGACCAGGAUGAUGCUCCCCAGGUUGGAUGAGGAAUCCCAACAAACCCCAUAGAUGAGAGCCAUGCAGCUCCGCGGGCCCACGAGCAGCUGGGUGGGUGGAGAUGAGAACACGGCUGAGCCUUCACCCCAGAGAGGGACCAAGUGCUGAGUGAGGCAUUGAGGUGAUGAGGACCUUGCACAAGCCUUGGAAAGGGGCACGAGCCAGGUUCCUGGCUGACCAACCCAUCCCACAUCUGGAUGUGUGGGCCAGAGAGAAGAAGGGAUGCCAGGAAGGGGCUGCUGCUUUCAGGCACGUCCCACCCCAGAGAGCUGGAGAAGGGAGAGCUCUGGAGCUCCCAGCACAUCCCAGUGCCACUGGUGAACUAUUCCAUUCCAACAGGAGGCUGGAGAAGGGGACCUUCAGUGCCUUCACCCAUGACAGGUGCUGCAGGGAGGGAUGACCAGGACUGGGGGAUAGGGUUUGCCUGUGGUGCAGCAGGAAAAGCCUCCAAGAGACCUUACAGGGGGCUGGGAAUGCUUCAGGGAGUGGCUGCCAUGAGGGACAGCCCUUUCCAGGUGGACAACACAGUGUAUCCUGGUCCCAUGGCUGCUGGGUGCCCAAGAUCCCCUCCACACGGAGUUCCAGGGGCUGUGGAAGGUCACCUGCUGGGGUGGGCUCUUGGUCUGGGUUUCUUCAUGGAAAAAGAUGGCUCAGCCUGGGCACAGUUUUGCCUCCUGAGGCUCAGAAGCAUCUUUGGGAUCGUUGUGUGUGGAACCAGGGGUGAAAUCCAACGUGACCAGAGGAAUCCAGAACCUCCCAGAGAAGGGGCCGGGCAGCAGGAUGUCACCCUCAGAUCAUCACACCAACAGAGGAGGGUGGCCUGGGCAGGGACAGACUGUGGGAUGACACCCAGAGUGAAGGACAGGGGCUCCUGUGGCUGCCUGGGAUGGAUUCUUGAGGUUCUCUUCACCCUGAGCAGGGCAGUGCCUCACUGCAGGAGAGGGCAGAGCACUGAGCUUUCCUCCACGGCAUCUCCAAGGUCUUCAGGGCAGCACAGGGAGCUACUCCACAAGGAGGGACAAUUCAGUAGCACAGACUUCUCCAGGCAACAGCAUUUGGCUUCAUGGCUGGGAGAAACCAGCACCUUCUCACCUUCCUUGCUAGGCUCAGGACUUGGAAAGGGCAAAUUCCACUCUUGGGUGGUGAGGACAGAGCUACACCUGCUGCUCAUCCCAUCAGGACUCACCUGGAGAAGGGCUUGCAGCCAACCAGGACCUGCUCACAGCUACCCUGGGGUAGGCCAGGCUCCAAGAGCUCCUCUCCCUCCUCCUCUGCCCCCUUUCCCUACAAACCUCCUCCUGCCAACCCAGCGCCAGGGUUUGGCUCAGCUUUCUACCUCCAGCCACGCUACCACCAAAGAUUUGCCUCUAAAAACUCCUCUGAGAACUAGGAUGCUCUGGGACAGGAGUCCUACGUCCCAUGGGAUCACCAGGUUCAGGAUGAUGAGCACAGGAGAAGACAGCUUUGGGUAAAACACAAACACACCUGGGCAGGAACACACCAUGCAGGAAAACCAUGCAGAGAAUGAGUGGUGAGAUCAGGAGAACAGCAACAAGAGAAACAUGGAAAAUUUUGGCAAGACAAC